GGUUCUUCAUGAGCAUGAAGAGCACUGGGGAGCGCUUGCAGGACGGAUCUUCUAAUUAGAAGACAGGUUUGGGUAUCUCCUAAUUGAGGAGAGUCAAAAUACUGAUUGCAAGUGAAUCCUCCUCAGUCAGCCUGUUGGAUGUCUCUGAGAACAUAAGAAGUCAUGGCAGAAAAUGAUGUAAUGCCAACCUUACCAAAAAAGUGUGGCCCGUACAUUUCAUCUGUAACCAGUCGUGGCAUGAAUUUGGUAAUUCGUGGUAUAGUGCUGUUUUUUAUUGGCGUAUUUCUUGCAUUAGUAUUAAACUUGCUUCAGAUCCAGAGAAACGUUACUCUCUUCCCCCCCGAUGUGAUCACAAGCAUCUUCUCCUCAGCUUGGUGGGUGCCACCUUGCUGUGGCACAGCAUCAGCUGUGAUUGGGUUAUUGUACCCAUGCAUGGACAGACAUCUGGGAGAGCCACAUAAAUUUAAGAGAGAAUGGUCCAGUGUAAUGCGAUGUGUAGCUGUCUUUGUGGGAAUAAAUCAUGCCAGCGCUAAAGUGGAUUUUGCCAACAAUAUCCAGUUGUCUCUCACAUUAGCAGCCCUGUCAAUUGGACUGUGGUGGACAUUUGAUAGAUCACGAAGUGGCUUUGGUCUUGGAGUAGGAAUUGCUUUCCUGGCCACACUGGUCUCACAACUUCUGGUCUACAAUGGAGUUUAUCAGUACACAUCUCCAGAUUUCCUUUAUGUUCGUUCCUGGUUGCCAUGCAUAUUUUUUGCUGGUGGAAUAACUAUGGGCAAUAUCGGCAGGCAGCUGGCAAUGUAUGAAUGCAAAGUCAUUGCGGAGAAGUCUCACGAGGACUGAGGAGAAACAAUGUGCACCUUUUAAACAGGAAAAUAUCUGACAAAUGGCUGUCGGAGGAGCAUAAGGAACACUUGACUAUGAAAUUGCCAAAUGCAAUUUUUUUCCCCUGAGUGGUAUACUUUACUGCAAUCUGUGAUUGCUGCUUCUAUAGAAACCUUGAUGUCUGAUUUUGAUUACUGUGAAGUUACAAUAGUAUGCAAUACACUUGACAAUACUGGUUCAAUUAUAGGAUUCUCUUUUCCAAAUCUAAACUGAGUUUACCAUAAGUUCUUGUCUGUCCAUAAUGUUGCAGUGCCAAACUGAACCUUUGCACUAUGUUUCUGUAGCUGAAACUUCUGCUUCACUUUAUCUCAAAAGUUUUGAGGAAUUUGUUCUUAAGAGCUCAGUGAAAGACAGGGGAUUCAAAUUUAGGAAUGAAGAUCUUACUUUCCAUGAUGAUAGCCCGUAAUAUCUUUAUGAAAUUCAUGGAUUACAGGUGAGCUUUGAUGCAGUAAGUAACUGAUUUCUGCCUAUUAACACACUGUAUCAUUCUUACAUCACAGGUGAGGAAACUUAAUACGGAUUGUAUGAGUUAUUGCCGUAUCAUUUCAUUUGCCUGCGGUACGUGCCCAGUGUCACAGAAUACAGAAAUGGAAACCGAGACUGGAAAUUUGCUAUUUUUUCCCCUGGUACAACCAGUAUACAUGUUUGUAUAUGAAUUUAUGUGAACCAUCAUCAAAUGUGGACAGAUUCUGAAACUACUUGUUGUGUUGAGUAACAGGAUACAAUUUGGGUCGUUCUUGUACAAUCCCUUAAGCUGACUUGUGGUGAUCCCUUAUAAAAAAAAAAAAAAAUCUUAGGGAGUUUUGAUUGCGAAACUUAAUUUUGCUGAACUAAAUCAGCCACUACCAUAUAGUGUCAUAAAACUCUCCAUUACCAAUGUUACUCUUGAUAGUUCUUGUCUACUACCUGCUCUGUUCGCAGGGAUCAGCAGAAGGAGGCGAGGCUGUAUUUUAGGUACUGAUGUAGCCCUUAUUGCUGUGACUAUGGUCCAGGCAACCAUAAAUGCGUUUGUUCUCAUAGCAAUCUCCUGAGGUAGAGAAAUAGUUACCCCUAUUUUACAGGUGGCUGUGCACAGAAAGUCUGAUAGGACAGAGCUGAAAUAGGCUGUGUGCUAAUCGGUUCCCUUCUUAAGAAGGCGGCUUUUAGUGUGUCACCCGUAUUUGGGGCAUACGUGGAAUAUCCUCUUGGCUUUGCAGCUCCCUUUUAAGACCAUGAGAUAAAAGAACUUGUGCAAGAAGGCAGAAAGCAGACUUCAAGAGGACACUGCUAACCUGUGCCAGCAGUGAAUUUGGCAUGGGAUGUCUCCACUUUGUUUUCCCCCUUCUGUCUCUCUGUGUUGAUGUUGUUUUAAUGUAUUCGUUUUCCUUUUUUGUCUUGAAGUUCUAUUUUUUAAAUCUUCCAUGAAAGGUUUAUAAGACAUGUUACAGUCACCUAGGGAGGCUGGAGUCGGUCCAAAGAACAAAUAGAUGUUUAGACAAGUUUUUAUUAAUAAAUGUGUGUAUGCGUUGUACACGAAGCUUGAAAUAGGCAACUCUUUUUCAGUCUUAAAUGCUUAUCUCUAAGUCUGAAAAGUAUGCAAUGGAGUGCUUCCAAAAGCGUUGUAACAAAAGAGGUGGUCACAAAAAGAAAACUUUUGAAUGGGGAAGUGUAAAAAUAAUAAAUAAGCAAAUGAUGUAUAAAGAGCUUGGUUCUGCAGCUCCACAAAUUUUCAUCAGCUUAUCAUGGUUCCAUGACAAUUCAACACCUGAAGCACACUGUCGUUGGGUAAUGUUUCAGGAAAGCACUUACAGAUGUGCUUUACGUUAAGCAGAGGUAGAACAUGUUUAAGUAGAUCCCCGACCAGAGAUUUUCUUUUAAUCAAACCAUAUGGCAAUAAGAAGCAUUUUAUUAAUAAAACCAAGAAACUGUUAGGGCGCGAACUAAGGGUGAGUUUCUUUAGGCAGGCUCUGGCAUUUCACUGAAGAAGCUAUUGGGUCCCUUUCCGUACAGUAUUUGGCCUCAUCCGCCGCUUUUACUUAAAUGGCUUCAGCUUGGUGGCCAGCGUGAUGAGUCCCUCUUGAAUUAUCAGGGCAUGAAUGGCAUAAAAAUUCAGAUGUUUCUUAUCCUAACUGUAGGGAAUAACAUGGUACCUCAGUAGCCAGUGUGCUGACUUGGUAAACAAUUUACUUUCAUCGUGACCAAUAAGUGUAUACAACUGGAGAUGAGUAGUUUUUAUUAUUCACUUGGUGGUAGAACUGCUUUUACCUGCUGGUCUAAAUAUUUACACAGAAGAAGCCUUGUGCAUGUUAAAAUGUGCAGUAUGUGAGAAGUGGUUAUUGUGCAUCUGUGGCACCCACUUUACAACACUUUGCACUCAGAUUCACCUAAACCUGAUUAGACUGUGCUGUCCACUAACUUCUUUUAAAUUUCAUUUUGGAAAUUUUGAGCAUGUUGUGCAAAGGCAGCGAUCAUCCAAAAUAAAUUUGGGUGGAGUCCUUUAUUAUACGUGUUUUAUUAUUUUUAUUCUUAUUUGACUAAAGACGGUACAAGAUUCACAUCUUGGAUGUCGUAUUUUUUCAAACCGCAUUGUAAUUUUAUGGCUGAUGUGUUCAAACCCUGACAAAAGUUCAUGAGGAGAGUGCUGAUACGGCCUUAACUGUAGUGGUGUGAACAUGCUGCUACUGUAUAGCGUGUAAUUAUAACAUUAGACUGUCUUAAAAAUGUUGUUCAAUAGAGAAUGAAUAAGGUAUAUUUUAGAUACACAACUUUAUAAGCACUAUAACCUCUUCACUAAUUAAGCAUUGUAAGGUCUAUGCUGUUUAAACUGGCAAAUUGCUGUUAAAAGCAAAACGUGCAUUAAAUACAAUUACAACCUUG